GGGAGACAUGCGCAUUGCAACAAGCAUCAGCCACUUGCUCCAAUCCGCAUCAACAAUACGUGCGCCGCCGUCAUAAAUACGGUGUCCCACCCGUAUAUCACUCGCUCAACAUGUACAACAGCUUCACCAGAAUUCAGAAUGUCUUCGGCUUCUUCACAACAGUAGCCUGCUUCUUUGGCGCCUUCAUCGCUGCCACGGACCUCUUCGCUGCCAGAACGCCAUCCGGCGUCAUCAAGGCCGACAGCCUUCAAGUUGUCAAGGGCCGCCCGCACUACUACAGCUCCAAGAAGGAGGAGUACGCCAUCAUCCGAUUCUCCCUCGACGCCGAUCUCUCGAGCCUCUUCCACUGGAACACGAAAGAAGUCUUCGUAUACGUAACAGCAGAAUGGCCUGGCCCUAGGAACACAACAAACUCUGCCGUCAUUUGGGAUAGCAUUAUCACGAAUCCUAGUGCCGACCAUCUCCAGAACAUUGGCCCCGUCGCCAUGAAGAAGCUCAAGCGUAGUGCUGAGGGCAAGACUGUUGACCCUAGCCGUGGCAUCCUGAAGCUCAAGAACCAGAAGCCCAAGUACCAGAUCACACACCCCAGCGGCAAGAUCGCGAGCACAGAAGACGUUACCCUGAAACUCAACUACAACGUCCAGCCUUGGGUAGGCCUACUUACCUGGAACAUGAACCAGAAAGUCGGGCUUUGGAAUACCAUUGAGGGUGGUGAAAGUGAAAAGGUCCAACUCCCAGCCUUGAAAGUGAAGGAUGCUAAGAGCACCAAGGACACAAAGAAGAGCAAGGGAAAGAAGAAGACGGCAUAAUAAGAGCUAGACCUGAUUGGGGAACAUGAUACAGAAAUAAAAAACAAAAUUUCACAAACCACAAUGACGUGUAUUAUACUUGGAUAGGAUUGUGUGUAUUGAUGCUAAGCAUAUAAGCGAUUGACAGAUUUGGGAGCUAUAUACUAUGUAAUAUCUUCGCAACUGGACAGCGUACCAAACAAGGCGGCCAAAGCAAUGCAGAGUAUAGCACUGACAGUGACAGUGUCCUAUAACCUCCAAAUUAUUCGUGCUUGGCUUGACCACCAUUGCCGUUGUUACCACCACGGCUUCUGUUGGGACCACCGCGGCCUCUGCCACCUCUGCCACGACCACGGUUUGAUCCGCGAGGGGCAUCCAGAGCCGCAGGUGGAGGCACAUUGCCGUACAUCUGGGCUGGUUCACCAGAGGCUGCGUUGCCGUGGCUAUUGCCUGUUGCUUGACCGCCACGGCCACGGCCACGGCCACCUCGUCCGCGGGAUCCGUUUCCGUUUGUGUCCUUGUUACCAUUGGGACCAUCACGAUAAACUAGAUUACUGUGGAGAAGGUUAGGAGCUUUACCUCCACGGCCAUUGACAGCACUGCUCCAUCCACCUUGGAGAGCCGCUGGCGCAUCGGCAUCUUUGUACUGGGCUACACCAACAGAGCCAUAAGAUCCAGUUGUAGACUUCUUCGUUUCGGCGUCCUUUCGCUGCUGGGACUUGCUCGAGGCAGAAAUGAUCUGCUUAUUGGUGGUAUUCAGCACGCUGGAUGCUGCGACGGUUUGUCCACGGAACAUGGGUGCACGUUCGCCCAAUGUGGUGCCGCUCAUGAAAGAGUUGUCCCAGACCACAUCUAAGAGUAGAGCGGUCGCGGUUCGGCUGAUGCCGACAACUGUGCCUCUGGUAGCAAGGGGAACCUUGCCGCGGUCAGCAACAAAGGUGACACGGUCACCCAGUUUGAAUGAUUGACUACCAAGGACCAUCUCAGCAUCACUAGGCUUCAAAAUGGCGGUUCGGGGCACACCACGAAGCUUGCGAACAUCAACCUCCUGAGCGGCCUUACCGGCAGCCUCGCCAGCCUGAGCAAGAGUCAUGACAAUCUCGGAGUCUAGCUGCUCGGCUUCCAAGGGAACCUUCUCAAACUUGCUAGUCUCCUGCUUCUUCAACCAUGAUGAAAUUUCUUUGACACGCUGAGAGGCAACAGCGGGAUCUUUCCACAAAUCUGAUUCGUGAACAUCACUCUUUUGUGCUUCUCGCUGAAUAGCAGCGAAGAAAUCAGGGAAAGUAACCAUGUAAUCAGCAAUGAGUUGUAAGGCAAGGUUGCUAAACUCCCAACCAGUGUUGGAUUUGCGAGAAUAGCCCAAGACCUUCAUCUUGCGGCCCUCAAAUUUAAGGUUGAGACCAAGAUUAAGUUUCAGGCCAGCAGAGCUGAGGACCUGGUACGAAGAGGUAAUCUUGCUCAGAAUCAACGGAUGAACGCCGAGCUGUUUGGCGACAGCAAACGAAGGGGUGUACUUAUUGUUGCGUUCCGCUUGCUGAAUAACUUGUUUGGCAAAUUCAGGCUCCUUAUUCUUGUUCAGAGAAAGAACGAGCUCCGUCUUGCCAUUGAUAUGGCCGGUGAUUUCUAGGGGGCGACCAUAGGCGUAAUCACCCAAGAAGAAUGCUCUCGUGCCAACAGGGAACUCUUCCUCAAUAGGCAAAGCAGCCCGCUCAAUGAAUCGCUGAUCUUCGUUGGUGACGCUAUCAACAAUAGUUUGUGAAGCAUAUGUCUUUCUGAUGCUGGGAUUCUCGGCAUAUUCUUUGAUCAGCGCGCCAUCAUCGGUCUUCAAGAGGCCCUUGAGCAUUUCCACCGUCACGAGCGUAUCCACUUGGCCAAUGGUGAUACCAAGGCGCUUAGCAUGCCAGUUUUCAAGGUGCUCAGACUCUUUGGCAAAGUCAGAUGCCUCUCGGUUGCUGUGAUCUUUCAUAGCAAUUGUCUUGCCAUCGUCUUGCAGCACAUAAGAGAAUAGCUCAUCCUCAAUCUUGACAAUUUUGGCCUCUUGAAGGAAUGGGUAUCCAACAAAGCAUUUCUGUCCUAGCUUAGCCUUCCAUCCCUCAGUGUUUGUUCGACUGGCAGUGUCUGUAAGUGUUACGACAACACUAGGGUUGCGGCUGUCUGCUUGGAAAACGUUGAUGCCUGCUCCCUCUACGAGCUGGGCAGUGAAGGGCAGGGUAUAGAGAGAGGGGAAACCAGACAACGCAUUGGCACUCAAGAGAGCCCCCUCAGUCAAACCUGACAGGUAUUUGCGUCCCUCCAUGUUAGGCAGCUCAAAGAUGUUCUCAAUGCAGCGACAUCCUUGGAUUUCGGGGAAGAUACCAGGGAGGGGCGAGGGAUAGACAAAGUUAACUUCCGACGAAUACGUAAACUUCAAUGGCACACCGAAGCCGUUGCGGCUUUUCUCUGCCGGAGUCAAUGCGUCAUUCUUUGUGGCCAUUGCAUCCAGGAGACGCUUCUCAUCAAUGAACGGGAUCUUCACAACAGCUUCCCAUUCCAUCUUCUUCCCAUUCAUAUCCAACUCGAAGUCUCGGGGGUAGAAGUCAAUGAUAGGCGAGGCAGGAUUGGUCAUGAGAUCGUGGUAUGCGACGGGAACAAUCUUUUUACUUCGGUCAGGAAGCACACCCAUGAGUUGUUCGUAGGGCUUAAACGGUUGACCCUUCUUGAAGUUCAUAUCCGCACCAAUGCCUUUGGAUACAUCUAUUCUGUCUGUUAGUGAUAUCCCCCUUUAAAGUCAUGCGAAUUAUAAACCUACCAGUGAUCAAUGGGGCGUAGUGGAAAGCGUAGAACCAAGGCCACGAAACAAUGCCCUUGUAGUAGUAGUAGAGAACCCAUUGCAAGCCUUGAACAUAGUUUUCACAGAGUCGAAUCUGCUCGUAUGCGUACUUGUCUUCUGGCCAUUCCUCGAACUUGCCCAAGUAGUAUUUGGUUUUCCAUGCCUUGUAGCUCUUCUGAUACUGUUCCUCAUACUUUUCGUCCGAGUUGGCGUCCACGACGAUGGCCUUGUCAUAAGACUUCAUGACGCGAUAGGCAGCGAGGUUGCCCUCUUCUUCGUCGUCAUCAUCGUCACCGUCACUGUCCAAUCUGGGAGGGAAAGAGAUGAUCAAGUGUCUGAAACCACUGUCGUCUUCCUUGGUGGACCAAUCUAGAUGCAUCGCGUCUGCGAUCUCUUGCGCAAACUUGCGAUCUUCCGAUUCGAGGCUCGUUCCGAGAUCGAGUACGUCGUUGGAUCGUUGCGCAACGUAGGGACGAAUCUUCUGCUUCCAGAGGUCUCUCUGGGUAGCAGUGAUAAUGCGCUGCCCCCCUUUGGAGACAGGCUUUUGGUUGGCCAUGGCCUUUUCUUGCAUCUUAAGCUCCAUUUGCUUUGUCGCGAACCACUUUUCAUCUGCCACAUCGGAUUCGAAUUGACGGAACUCAAACUUGCCCAACUCUCCAAGCAACAUUUCGAGCCGAGGAAGAUUGAUUUCACCAUCUUCGUGCAAAUAGCCCUCUACCUUGGGGAGGACACGUUUGUAGAUUUCAAACAUGGCGGCUAAAGCGCCUUCAUUAAUAUGCAGCCCCGGCAGGUUCGGUAAGAAAUCGUUACCGACGAAAAAGCCCAUGAGAAUAAAAUCAUCAAUAAUUCGUUCAAGAUCGUAAGGGAAGCUGAGGACGCCGGGUUUCUGCAAUUCUUGGAAUUCCAUGGCCAGAUAUUCUCGAACAAUGCAGAGAUGGAGCAGAUAGAAAUUCUGGUGCUCCAGUUCCUUGGAUUUGUUUUUGGAUGUGCGUCCAAAUGUGACUUCUUCACGCAAGAGACAGAAGUGAGGAUCGUGGCUGAGGAGACCCAGCAUGAUCAAAUCAGCGUCCAGUCCAUACAGACAGUGACGGAUAUUGGGGUUAUAUCCUGGCUGCGCCUUUGCAUUGCGGAUAUACUCCAUAAUUUUGUGUUCACCUUCACCAGGAACUUCAUGUCCUGACAAGACGAUUUCACAGCCUUGCCAGUCAGUAUCCUCAGUUACCUUUUUAUUGACAAAGUAUCGCAAUUGUUGAGAGAGCUUGGCCAUAAACUCGGUACCUGGAGUAAUACAGUUACUGUCGAAAGGUUCCUCCUUGGGCAUUUCAACGCCCUCUUUGAUUGCCUUUUCGCGCGCAACUUCGGCGUCGAGGGCGGUUCGGAAACGACGGGCACGUUGUUGGUUCAUUUUCGCUCUAGGAGCGACACCAUCAAUGGCCAUAAAGAAGAGUUGUUUUGGUUUGAUUUUGCCGAAGAGAUGUUCGAUAUAAUUGAAUAUCCGAAUGAACAUUUCUUCUUCGCUUAAACGAAAUGUAGUGUCUUCGCCCGCAUCCUUAUGGGUGCAGUUGUGAAUAAUACCGUUCAUAUCAAGAUAUAAGCAGUCAAAUUCGGGUAUACGGUUCUCGGCAAUGAGUUGAGAAAUCGAAGGAUAGCGCUCAGAGAGCCAUCUGAAGAACUUGGGGACACCCAUGGUGACUAGAGGAGGCGAUUGAGCAGCCUAGAGAUUGGCCACAAGCAGCGGUAGUGGUAGUUGGUAGUUUGUAGUGGUGGUUAAAGUAGGACGCUUAGAAUGGCGAACUACUGCCUGAUUGCAGUGUAGUAUGCUUUUGUUGCGUAACUGUGCAGGAUGCGACGGAGAGUAAUCGACGUGACGAAAUGCGCUCUUGAAAAAUAACGAGCUCGUUAGUCGAACAAGGCGAAAAAAGAACAGCAGAAAGGAUAAGAUAAACAAUCGACGUUACGCCGCAAAUAGCCUGCGCUCCCCAAAAAGCAAACAAAUCUUGCCGCGGAAAGGAGGAGGUGAUGGUUUGUUGUGUCGUAAGGAAGCCAAGCUGUGA